AUGGGUCUCUCCUGCUUCUGUCGCUGCGUAACCCUCAGGCACAAGGCCAAGGUAAACACUAACAGGAUCUCCUCCUCCUCCUCCUCCUCCUCCUCCUCCUCCCAGCAGGUCAAGAACCAUGGCAGCACUUCCCCCCUCGGCUGGACCGCCGAGGAGCCCCAAGCCGAGGAGGGUCGUCCCAAAACCCCCCUUGCAGAUCCAGCGAGGGCCAGUGCCGAUGCCUUCCCCAUGGUCCUCCCAGCCGUCUGCUUCCAAGCGCCUGUCCAGCCGGACAAACACACCAGUGGCCCCGCCAGUGCCCCCGUCAGUGCCCCCGUCAGCGCCGCCUGGCCGACGACACCACCUUGCGCUGCAUGCCAGCGUGCCAUGGAGAAGUGCCCAGGCUGCUUCCGCCGCAGCCAGGAUGCCGGCCCCCGCAGCCCGUGCGACGGUUGUCGCCUCGGGCUGUGCCGCCCUCACCGUGUUGUCGUCGGCGGGGACCAGCGCGGGGAGAGCAGCAACAGCGGCCUGUGGUCCGACGAGGAGACGCUGUCCAGGCUGGAAGGUCGCGGCGGCCGUGUGCGGCGGCAUGACGAGGAGCAGGAUAACGAGAGUUAUGAUGCUGAUUCCGAGUUUGGUGUGUGGUUCUUGUCGAAGAUUUUUGAGGUCGAUAAUGUCGUUGUCGCUACUGGUGUCGCUAAUCUUGUGGACGUUUCGCAGUGA